AUGAACGUGAUCUAUCCACUGGCGGUGCCCAAGGGGCGCCGGCUCUGCUGUGAGGUGUGCGAAGCCCCGGCCGAGCGGGUGUGCGCGGCCUGCACGGUCACUUAUUACUGUGGUGUGGUGCAUCAAAGAGCUGACUGGGGCAGCAUCCAUGAGAAGAUAUGUCAGCUCCUGAUUCCACUGCGCACUGCCAUGCCCUUCUACAAUUCAGAGGAAGAACGGCAGCAUGGCCUGCAGCAGCUGCAGCUGCGGCAGAAGUAUUUGAUUGAAUUCUGCUACACCGUAGCCCAGAAAUACCUCUUUGAAGGAAAACAUGAAGAUGCUGUCCCAGCAGCUUUGCACUCUCUUCGAUUCCGCAUGAACGUGCAUGGCCUGAGUUCAGUAGAACUUGUGCCUGCUUACCUGCUGUUGGCCGAGGCUAGCCUUGGUCUAGGCCAGAUCGUUCAGGCUGAAGAAUAUCUGUCCCAGGCCCAGUGGACAGUCCUUAAAUCAACUGACUGUAGUAAUGCCACCCACUCUUUACUGCAUCGGAACCUGGGACUGCUCUAUAUGGCUAAGGAAAACUAUGAGGAAGCCCGUUAUCAUCUGGCCAAUGACAUUUAUUUUGCCAGUUGUGCAUUUGGAACAGAGGACAUCAGAACCUCAGGAGGCUACUUCCACCUGGCUAAUAUCUUCUAUGACCUUAAAAAGUUGGACCUGGCAGACACAUUGUACAACAAGGUCACUGAGAUCUGGCAUAAAUAUUUGAACAACCACUAUCAAGUCCUCUCAGAGGCUCGCCUCCAACAAAUAGAUUUACUGGGAAAACGAUUUGAGAAUGACACUGGAUUGGAUGAAGCCCAGGAAGCAGAAGCCAUUCGGAUCCUGACUUCAAUCUUGAACUUCCGAGAAUCUACAUCUGACAAGGCACCCCAAAAAACUAUCUUUGUUCUGAAGAUCCUGGUCAUGCUUUACUUUCUGAUGAUGAAUUUGUCAAAGGCACAGGAAUAUGCCGUGAGAGCCCUGAAUCUAGCCAAAGAACAAGAGCUCAGUGUCAAUGAGCAAAGCACUAUUCAAGAGCUAUUAAGACUCAUCUCAGCUGAAGACCAUCCCAUUACUUAG